AAUCUUAGCGGUGAAGGUGGCGUGGAGAUACCUAAAGCUGCAGCUUAUUUAGCUUUAUUUAACUGCUAUAGUGACUCUAAGCUUGGUAACCUUCGGUAUUUAGGUUCCCUGUGAGCCAAGGUUUUAUUCUGCAGUGACUGCUUGUACCAAGGUAUGGCAGAGCAAGGUGUUUCUGGCAAGAUAUUAGAGACGGUGGAGGAGAGACUCCCGGGUGGAGAGUGUUGGAGAAAAACUCCCAGACGUGUCAAGAUGCUGCGUGCUCAAGAUUUGAGUGAUUAUGAGCUCCUACGUGAGAAGAAUAUUCAGGACAGGCAACAGAUGAUUGCUGCUCUUAUGAAGGACUUUCAGGACUUCAAAGCCUCAGUAGUACCUACUAAAUCUCCAUUAUAUAAGCCAAAAGCUAAAAAGGCAGAAGUCAAAGAUGACUGGUCGCCACCGAAGCGUGAAUACAGGAGGAAAAACCGUUUCCAGCCAUACCAUUCCCCGCCCCGAACGAGAUCACGAAGAGUAAGUAUUAGUUCAUCUACUGUGAGUAGCCCACCAUCUGACUGGCAACAGCUCGAGGAUGAUGAACAACUGGAAUCCCGUCCAAUAUUUCUCAGGUUUCGCUUCAAAAAGGUUCAAGAGAUUCUGAGUAGCCUUUCUGAUGCAGAGGAAUCUGAUGAAGAUGAUGUUAAAUGUUAUGUUGAGGAUAUGGAUGUGGAAAAAAUGCAACGAAUUACCCGCAAUCUGUCAUCCUCAUUUACUCUGUCCCCUGUCAAGCGUACAAGUACCGGGAGUGCUGAUAAUUCUGGGAGUGGGCGCAGAACUAAUAGUAUUUUUGAUCCUAAUGUAAACAUCACAAUGCCAGAGGACAUUACCCAGGCGGAUCUGAGAAAUGUUGCUGAUCGCAGUGGAGGAAAAAUAUAUAAUACUAGUAUUGGAACCACAUGUCAUCAGUGCAGACAGAAGACAAUUGAUACAAAGACCAUUUGUCGGUCUGGUGAAUGCUCAGGAGUACGUGGGAUGUUCUGCGGGCCAUGUCUCAAGAACAGAUAUGGAGAAGAUGUUAGAGAAGCUCUUCUUAAUGCUAAGUGGAUGUGUCCUCCAUGUCGUGGUUUGUGCAACUGCUCCAUAUGCCGUAACAGGAGUGGGAAGAGUGCCACGGGAAUCCUCAUCAACAUUGCUAAGGCUCGAGGAUUUGACAACGUGAAAGAUUAUCUUGAAAGCUUGAUUAAGUAGCAAAGUUUAUUUUGUGAAGAAAGUAAAUGAAAAAAAAUUGAUGGUAGUUUUUUAGAUUUGCUUUUAUAUUUUCCAGUACAGUAAUUGCAUUUGGAAAUAUGUUUGCUGUUAGAUAUAUGUUAAUAUAUUGUACUUUCAUCAAAUUUUACAGUUUUCUUGCUAAUUUCUCUUAUGAUGUUUUCCUUUUUCUGUUUUAAUUCUUUUUGUAUUGGUAUUUUACUUUUUUUUUUUUAAGACUUUAUGGCAAAUGAUCUUACGACCAGUGAUACUUUUGUUACUUUUUACCAGCUUUAGUUCUGCCAAAAUUCUGCAUUUCUCUAGCUGUGGUAUUCUGCAGGGUUUUGUUCUAUUUUUAACAUACAGUAUUUUAUUAUUCAUUUAUGAUCUUCAAUACAUUCAUUGCUAUUCAUUCUUAAGCUGAUGACUUCACUUUGCACUUUUUCCUCAUACUUGACAUGUUACUCCUGCAGCACUGUAGGGGGCACAAAUAGCUUUUUUAAAAUUAAUAUUUUUGUGCAUUAUAUUGAAGCAUACCUUAUUUUAUCUUAAUUUUUUUUCCAUUUCAUUGAAGCACAUCUUAUUUUUGCAGAGAACAAGCAUUACUUUAAAUAUUAUCUCAUUGUUUAUUCUGGAGAGUUUAUCUGGAGAGAGUUUCGGGGGUCAACGCCCCCGCGGCCCGGUCUGUGACCAGGCCUCCUUAGGUCAGUGUCCCAGGAUGCGACCCACACCAGUCGACUAACACCCAGGUACCCAUUUUACUGAUGGGGAACAUAGACAACAGGUGGAAAGAAACACGUCCAAUGUUUCUACUCUGGCUGGGAAUCGAACCCAGGCCCUCGCCGUGUGAAGCGAGAGCGUUAACCACCAGGUAUUAUAAUCAUUUAAAGAAAAAGUCACAUUAUCAUGAUGGGAACAACUUGUAACCAACCCAAAAUUUGGAGAGGGAACUUGUUUCAUCUCCAGUUUGAGAGUUAGUGGCGAGUUAAAAUUAUUUGUUUUGAAACCCUUGUAUGUCUGCAGUUGCAAUGAGUACCUCCAAACAUUUGGGAUUUCUGUUUAGAUUCAGAAUAUAUUUAUUUGCCAUUGCUACUUUUCAGUUACUCUAAUCUUGUCUUCCACGAGUCUUAUAUUUUUGUUUCUUUAAACUGUAAAUCGGAGUUCACUUCUGAACAAUGGCUGAUUUUCUUAAAAAAUUUUCCAUUUGCAAAGCAUUAAUAAGUGACUUCGCCUUUAGACUGGAAAUCUGAUUAGUUUCAUUUAUCCUACCUCUUAAGAUGGAAAAUGACUAGUAUUUCAUAAUGCUAAAUUACCUUUUGACAUGACAGGUGGAUACAGUACUUACCUAAGUGGUUUAUUAUGUACUAAGUACUAGUGCCUGUCAGACCAGUAUGUGGAUGAGUUUGUAAAGUUUACAGUACUGUGUUAUGAAUGAACCAAAGAGUAUUCAACACUGAAGAUAUUUUUCUUUAGAUAUUAUCAGCAUUAAUUACUUUGAAUAGACCUAAAUUAAUGUGGUUGGAAAUAUGUUGCAUGUUUGUUACCCCGGCACACAAGGAACUAGUCAGUGUUUCACCUUGUGUUUGUAAUGAGAAUGAUAAGUUCUGUGUCUGUCAUCUGCAUAUGUUAGCUCAUAAGACUUAUCCUAUGAUAAAAAUGCAUGAGGAAUGACAAGCAUUAAUGGUUAAUUUGUGACAGAUGUACAUUACUUCAUGCAUACCAAAAUAGGCCAUGCUUAUAGUAUGUGUACUGCAAGUAUUUUGAAUGCAUAAAGUACUAUUGUUAAUUUGUAGAUAGUGGUUGAUUUUUACCAUAUAGUUAUAAUAAGAUAGUGCCAUACAACCCUUAAUGCUUAUAAAGACUAGAAUAUUAGAGGCUAAGGUAUAUAUGUAACUACUGUAUAUUUUUUUACUUGUACUGUAGGUUUUCAUGGCCUAGCAACACUGCCAUUAUAUGUUAUCAUCACUAGUUAGUUAAUUUCCAUUCAAGUUAAUGUAUCAUACUCAUAAGAAUUAUUCUGAAUACACUGUACAGUCUGCUGCGGUAUUUGCACAAUUCAAUAUUAACUACUGCUUGCUGUACUGUAGUAUUUUCAUUGAAUUUUGAUAAAAGCUGGCUUGUUUCUGUGUACUGUAGUAUACUGAGGACACCAUGACCUGCACAGAAUUGUUCAAAGGGCUCUGUGCUUGGUCUGUUAAAUUCGCUUGUGAAACUCACACCAUUUCACCCUUACCCAAGUUCUGGAGUUCAUCAAACCACUCCAUUUUACUUUUAGUAAUAAAACAAAACUCUACCACCUCUCCAGAAUCUAUUUCAAGAAAUUUGAGAAUGGCUCUUCCUCAAAUGCUCCACGCUAAAUAACGCCUACAACUGAGCUGCCUUUGUUGUUCCCACAUGCAACCAAGUCUGCUCCAAGCUACCCAAGAAU